AUGGCCGCCACCGCCGUGGUCCCGUCCGUAAUCGACCUCAAAUCGUCACAAGGCACUCUGCCCAUUCGCCUCGGCGCUAGCAUCCUGGAAAGCAGUCCUCCGGGUACCUCGCGGUUCGUCAGUUUACGGUACAACCACAGACCGCAGCAGAAGCACCCAGAUGCAGAGGCAAUCAAAGCUACCAUCCUCGACGGCGGCGAGGCUGGCCUUAGCAAGCUUUCACUCGAAUGUGAGGAUGGCAAGUACGCAUAUUCCGGCAGACAUGGAAAGGAGGACAAUAGCUACGUGCUGCUCUCUCGCGGACAAGGCAAAGACAAAGAGCUAGUAUUGGAGAGGGUGUAUAGCAGUCACGCAUUUAACCUGAUAAGCACACCAUCUGAGAGUAAUGCCACCACACUGGCAGCACGACAUGCGCAACUUCCAGUUGAUGCUGCCRAGGAGGAUGAUCUUUUUGGCGACGAAGACGAGGAAGAGCCCGUGGACGACUCCAAUCCAUUCGACUAUCGCCAUUUCCUCAAAGCCGAAUUAGAGAAGCCUGAAAACACUAACCCAUCACUGGAUGCCACGCGUAGCACAGCUGGCACCCCCGUAACACAGCAACAUCGCCCCAGCAGUCCGCCAGUUCGGAAGCCGGUAAAGCCAGCCGCUAAAGCCCAGCCACCGAAGAAGCGCAAACCAGCAGCAGCAGCGAAGCCAAAUCCGAAACGAGUGAAGGCUGGGGAGGAGCCGACUGCAGAGACCGUGAAACCGAAACCAAAGGUCGAGGUUCCCAAGGUUCGCGUAGAUCGUAAGGCUUCGUUGCGGCGAGCUUCAAUCAUGGAGGAUUCUGGUGAGCUGAUCCUUGAGAAUGAAACUCCGGUGAACGAAAAGCCGCCGAAGCAGAAUGCAAUGUCCCUUGCACUUUCAGGCCAGCUUGCGGGGGGCCCAAUCAGCCUGAUGUCAGCUGCGAGUACCCCUGGAGAAGGGCCGUCUUCGAACACAAAUGAGCCGGAUGAGGUCAUGGAGACAUACGAGUUCGAGCUUGGUGACAGCAGUCCAGAGCAUGGAGAAGAAGGAGAUGAUGAUGGCCUGCUUGUGGUAGAAGAGGAAGAAGAGGCUGUCAAUGCUGACCCAGACGAAGAGGAUCACGACGAGGACGUAGAUCCCAUGGAGCUGCCAUCGCCUGCGCAAGGUCGUAGUAGGCCGAGCGUGAGUGCGGCAGCUGGUAUCGCUGGUGGUGACGAAGACGAAGAUGACGACAUGGAGAAACAGCUCGCGCUCGCCAUGGCAGAGGAUGGCGAAGGAAGUGAGGAGAGUGAGGAGGAGUGA